GACGCCUACCAUCUUGCUUCCUCCUCUUCACAAUAGGGUUUCUGCCUGGUGUUGUAGAUGUCACCUGGGUUGUAUCCUCCUCCCGAAUUAGGUAAUCCAGGUCGUUGAUUUGGUACCGACGGCCCAUGAAAUACUUAGGCCUAAAUUGAUCGUUUUUGUUUCACCUAAGGCCCAAAUCGAUCUUGUAUAGCUUUGCUUCUUCCCUGAGUCGAUUGCAGAGUUGCUUCUUUGAGGAAGAAAAACUCGACUCCAGGAAGCCUUCUUCACUCCUCCCCGUCCCAUCGAUUAUCUCUGGCGGCCAUGCGGGUAGCCUCCAGGGUGGUCGUCCUCGUCCGAGACGCCGCGGGCUACGGCGCAGCCCUCGCUGACGCGCUCCGGCCGUCGCCGGGGCUCACGAGGGUUUCCUCGCCCUUCGAUCUCCCUCUCGAUAAGUACGGCCUCAACGGCGAAAAGGCCUCCGGCGAGCUCGUUAGCUUCUCUGACUCCAGUGGCUCUCCUCAGGUGUCAUUUUUUGUUCUGCCUGACUAUAGGCCUCCUGUUGCUGCAUGUGCUAUGAAUGAGAUUUUAGCAUUGAUUUCUUCUGAAGCUCCCUCCAUCCAGCCAGUUCUGAUUGUACCAUUCAUCACAAGACCAUCAGGCUGCUUCCAUGGAAUGGUUAAUGCAACAAAAACUGGGCAGUUAACUACACUUCAUGCUGCUGAAAUAGGGGCAUCAAAUGAGUUUACUCACUUGUUGGUUGACGGAACUAUUAAACCUCGGCCAUCUUUGCAAAUACGUAGUGAACCAAUACAAUGCUUGCUGGAAAUAGUGCGGGUAUUGAAGAUACCCACAGUUCUUCUUGUCACAUCAGGUGGGCAGCACCAAGGCAAAAGUUCUUCAGACUCUGACCUUGAGGUGCUGCAGUGCGUGGGAGAUCACGUAGCCAAGCACAUCAACUUGGAGUUCCAAAGAAACUGUCAUUGAGACAGGGGUUGAGAAAUCAGCGAGCAUUCAAGAACCCUGGCGUGAACUGUAUCUGUGACGAUUCUAAAACAUAUCGUCUUUGUGCCCUUAUAAAUAGACAUAUUAACAUUUUAGAUUCGGAUGUACUUUUUUUAGUACUCCCUCCGUACGGAAAUACUUGUCAUCAAAAUGAAUGAAAAUGGAUGUAUCUACAACUAAAAUACAUCUAGAUACAUCCAUCUCAAUGACAAGUAUUUCCGGACGGAGGGAGUAUGUGAUUUAUGCAAGGGGCUUGUAACACGAGCCACACUUUAUUUUCCUUUACAUCCAACUUGUUAAGAAGUGCAAUGUCGCAUGUAUGUGCUUUGUAA